AUGUGCUCAGCCAGCAAAUCAGCUUCACGGCUGCCUCAGCCCUACGAGUUCCCUCUCAGACCUUGUGACGUCGUGGCCAAGAUCAAGAUGAAACGCAACAACUCUCCCGCCGAGGACAACACCCCUAUUUAUAUCUUCAUCCUCCUCUUUGCAAUUCUCCUUCUUAGUUUUUUGGCCACCACCGAUUUCAAGCCUCGAUCUACCAAACCUGAACAGUAA